AAAAAAAAAAAAAAAAUGAAGUACUGGUUUGGCCUGAGGUCUUUAAACGCAGCAGCAUUCAGCAGCGCUGCGCAGUGUCGGCAAACGGAGUCGACACGUAAAGCCGCCAUGAGCCGAGCCAGGCCCGCACUCGUCUACCUGGUGACCGGGGGCUGCGGCUUCCUGGGCCGACACCUGCUCAGGCUGCUGCUGGAGAAGGAGGACCGGCUGGUCGAGGUUCGAGUGUUCGACAAGCACACGGACGACAGCCUCGAGAGACUCGGAACAGAUCGCACCAAGGUGUCGGUCAUUCAGGGCGACAUCACCGACUACCAAAGCGUGCUGGCGGCCAGCUGCGGCGCCGACCUCAUCAUCCACACCGCCGGCCUGGUGGACGUCUGGCACAAAGUCCCCGAGGACCUCAUCCACGCCGUCAACGUGAAAGGAACCGAGAACGUGAUCCGCGCCUGCGUGGAGAACAACAUCUGCAGUCUGGUGUACACCAGCAGCAUGGAGGUGAUCGGGCCCAACAUGAACCGCGAGCCGUUUGUCAGGGGCAAUGAAAACACACCUUACCAGGUGAAGCACACGAUGGCCUACCCCAAGAGCAAGGCCAAGGCCGAGAAGAUUGUCCUGGAAGCAAACGGCAUCAAGGUGAAAAGCGGCGAGCGCUUGCACACGUGUUCGCUGAGGCCGACGGGCAUCUACGGCGAGGGCCACGAGCUGAUCAAAGACUUCUACAGGCUGGGCGUCAAGAGGGGGGGCGUGAUCGUCCUCGGCGUCCCGGAAACCACCGAACACGGGCGAGUCUACGUUGGCAACGUGGCGUGGAUGCACGUGCUGGCCGCCCGUGCCCUGGUUGAGCACUCGGACAAGGUCGGCGGCGAGGCCUUCUUCUGCUACGACGACUCCCCGUACAAGAGCUACGAGGACUUCAACAUGAUCUUCCUGUCGACCUUUAACUUCCGGCGGGUCCGCAUGCCGCUGGUGCUGCUGUGGUUGCUGGCCGCGCUCAACGACGUCCUGCGCUGGGUCCUGUGGCCCGUCUGCAACUUCACGCCGCUCCUGAACAGCUACACCUUGAGCGUGGCCAGCACCUCCUUCACCGUGAACACGGACAAAGCGCUGCGCCACUUCCAGUACCGCCCGCUCUACAACUGGGACGAGUGUCGGGAGCGCACGCAGAAAUGGGUGGAUACCUUCCCCUUGGAGAACUCCAAAGACGCCUAAUGGCACCCGAGUGGUUGCUGACGUCAUGUGACCAAAAUGAAUAUGUUAUUCAAUUACUGUUUAUAUCAGUGCUUCUCUUGUCACGCCACCCCGAUGGGACAGAAUUGCUUUCACGCCCCCCCCUAAAAAAUAUAUUAUUUAUCUGUAUGUGUCAAGGUAGUUCUUUCUUUACUAACACUAAAGAUGCUAUUACGCCAUUGCCUCUCACGCCCCCCUUUCACCAGACAACUCAUGGUACCCCUCUUCCAGGGCGGUCCACCCCACUAUUUAAGAAACACUGCAUUAAAUGGGCUAUUUGGAACUUGCUCACAGU